AUGGACUAUAAGGAAGAUGAGGAGGUGAAGAAGCUGGUGAGAAGAACUGCUGCCCUCCCUCUAGUACCUCGUGACAAAGUGGAUGAUGUGUGGCUUGAUGCCAUUGCUGACUCUCCUGCUGGCCCUAAAGUGACUGCCUUCAUGGACUACGUGACAACCAGUUGGGUUCAAGGAGGGGCCUUCAUGGCAGAGAUUUGGAACCAUUUCGAAAACCAAGGCCACCGUACCAACAAUCACCUGGAAGGGUGGCACAACAAGAUAAAGAAACUUGCCAAGAAGUGCCACCCGAACAUCUACGACGUAGUGAAGCUAUUUCAGCGAGAGCAGUCACUCAAAGAGGUUGCAGUCCUGAGACUCUCUCACCAGUGGUCAGAACCUUCACGAAGAAAGAAGUACAAGGCAAUCGAUACACGUAUUGCGUCCCUCAAGAUCCAGCUCCUGAACCCACACCUGAAUGAGAUGGAAUAUGCUGACCACGUCGUUGAGGGAGCACAGCCUGGUGACAAGGCUUGA